AUGCAGAGUGAAACGGUCAAAGGGCGUUCGUCAAAGUCGCAAGGGCAGGCGGCGUGUCUACCAUGCAGACGCAGGAAAUCACGAUGCAAGUUUGAGCCGGGGUCGCAAGCAUGCCUGAUGUGCCGCGCUCAUGAGUCGAACUGCGUGAUGGCCUCGGGACCAGAGCCGAACCCGCGGCCUCCGUCCACACAACAAGGCAGAGGCAAGGUUCCCACCCCUCGAAAGAGAGCUGCCCCGGAUGCUGAGGCAUCUCAGGAGCAGGAUGCGCACAUCAGAGUCUCUUCAGAACGCAGGCUCUCUCAAGCAACUCCACACGCCGUAAACUCGGAGUCGCAGCCCGCGCUUGGUGCUCUUGCGCCACAGUUUCCCGGUACACCCUCUUCGUUAUUCUUUGCUUCAACACCAGCCGUGGGGAGCCAUCCGCUAGCCCUGGACGAGGCUGAAGAUGAUAGCCCUCAUAUCAUGGGACCAGCCGUCGCCAGGGACAGGCACUUGCUGGAGGACUACUUAUCGAUUGUCCAGGCCGGCAACAGAACAAGAACCAUCAGGCCCGCCUUACCGGGUAUUGCCGCUGUGCCAGUGGUCUUCACCAAGGUACAGAAGAGGCCAAUUGGCGUCGCUAUGGACCCAAGCCCGUCCCAUGCUAAGUUGCAGGUGAUUACAAAACUGCUAGAGCCUUACCGACAACAGGUGGUAAAUAUGUACUUGAACAAGGCCAACAGCUGUUUCCCCAUCUUGGACGAAUCCUUCUUUGUUGAACCUUCAAUAAUCACCCGGGGUCGCAUCUCCCCAGCAGUCUUGGCAUGUCUAUAUGCACAUUCAAUCAUCUAUUGGCAACACGAUCCCGAGCUAUCCAACCAUCACCACCCGGACGGUAGGUUCAUUUGGAACCUGGCUUUGGAAGCGUUAUACUCUGAACUCCACUUGUCACCUGGCAUGCCUUCCAUUAUCGCUAUUCUGUUGAACGUCGGAGGCCGUCCAACCACCACGAUGAUCGGGAACGGAAUGCUCCUCGGGAGCGCCAUUUCUUUAGCCCACUGUCUCGGGCUGAACCGAAAUCCGAUAACAUGGGAUAUACCGGACCAAGAGAAGAAUCUACGCACGCAAAUAUGGUGGUGUCUCGUCAUUCAUGACCGUUGGUCAAGUCUGAUGUAUGGAACCCCGCCGCACAUCCGACAAAACCACCACGAUGUCCCUGUCCCAAACCUCAUCCGACAAAAGGGGUACCAAGGAAAUGAAACGGCCACAGAGGAAAGAAUCAAGGUCUUUGAAGCCUUGGCUAGUUUAACAGAGGCUCUGGGCCCAUACCUCGAGCAACUAUACUCUGUCCGAACGAGGCCGCACAGCCGAUUCGACCGACCAGGCUACACCUUGAAUCUCAACUCAUGGAUUGAUACACUCUCUGGAAAGGUUCGAACGAUUAUAAUCCGUGGGACGGAUCUUGACGUGCCUGGCGCUGCCAACCUCCGCUUGUGCUUCCUGGCUGCAAAGUUCUUUAGCAGACGCGUCGAUCUAAACACCGAAAUGGGUAGCACAGUCAUCGACCAGAUUUCUGACGAUAAGUUAUUUGAACUACGAGGGAUAGUGGAGGAGAUUGUUGUCUUCUUACACGAGCUUACUCCCAGGCAACUGGGAGAUUUUUGGCUGCCCACCGUUGCUUUUGUCUUCUCCUCCACCAUUACAUUUCUCGUUCGUCUGGCGGUUCAGGUUGAGUGCAACACCUCUGGCCCUUCUCAGGGCAUCUCUCUCUCUUUGGCGAAAGAUAUGGUUGCAUCUCUACGAUUAUACAAAGAAGAUCACGGAUGGGAGCUGGGGGACAUAUGUGUCAAUCAGUAUGGUGAAUUGGUUGAAAACUUGUUUGCGCAGCAGAGUGCUGGACUACCCGAUGGAGGGUGUGUUGAUAUGACUCCAGGAGCACUUUCUGAUCCUGCUUUCUUGGAGUCCCUCUUUACAGAUCAGUGGGAUCCUAUAUUAUGGGGCCAGCAGAUUUGA